UAGUCGGACUCACCGAUGGCUGGGUUAAUUAUCCGCGGUCGCUCGGAGUGCUGCUAUUUCUGGGUUUUGUUGUUCUCGUGUAGACGCAGAGAUUUUUUGGGGGGUGGUUGAAUGGUGAGGGGUGACAAUGCCCCGUACUCAGCGUCUUCGUUUGGACAACGUGGUCACGUCGAUGGCGGAAUUGGGCCCCACAAUUCCCGAUGGCGGUUAUUCCUGGCUUGUGUUUCUCGGUAUUAUCAUGAUUCAGAUCACGGUUCCUAGUGUCCUGUCGAUGUACGGCGUCGUCUUGAGUUAUUUGCACAGCGAUUCGGAACCAGAUAUCUAUCUUUGGAAGGGGAGCGUCACCCUCACGCCGAUACUGUUUAUCGCUUUCUGGAGUUUAGCCGAUCCAUGGAGCCGUACGAUUGUAAACCUUGCCACAGUACCACGUUUCGUAGGGCUGACAGGAGUAGCUCUGCUUGCGAUCGGCAUCCUAGCAUCGGGAUACCUCGAGACAGGAGGAGUCGGAGCUUAUCUUGCGCGGUUGAGUGCCGGCGCUGUUAUGGGGAUAGGCGCAAGCACGGUGCUGUUGCAGAGCGAGAAUCUUCUACGAAGACAUUUUCGGACGAGAUUAGUUCUAGUAUUGACGUUGAAGCGAAUAUCGUUUUCUCUUGGCAUCGCGAUGAUGCCUGGAUACGCCUACAUGCUGUUGCAAAACACCGGGCUUCAAACGGGCCUCCUGCUUCUCUCCACGGCCCUUUUACCCGGCAUCCUUGGUGCUUGUGCCUUCGACGCCCCCGUACUCCAGAGAACAACGCCGUACCGUCUGCUCAUCUCCGAAGAGGACAACGAAUUGAGCAUUCGAGAAACCCCCGAAGAGACACUGAGCUUUCCGAAUCUGGAGGAAGAAUUCAGAAAUGAAACAGAAGAGAAUGAUGGGACAACCACCGGAGAACCAAUCCCAACACCUCUUUUCAGUGAAGGGAGUAAUUCGUACUCUUACGACGAGCCGGAGGAUGAUAUAAAUCUAUUCGUCACCCCUAGUGGUUCUUCCACGACCACCUGGCUCGAAGAAUUUCGAACACUGCGACUAAUCAAGUUCUGGAGUGCCGUUGUUACUUGGUUUUCCAUCAAGGGCUGCGCGUUUUCCCUCCUCGUGCUUUCUCCGUCUAUGGCCAUGACCCAAGGCCAGGGGUUCACCACCCUCGGUCAGUCCGUCACGUUGACUACCGUCAUCGGUCUAGGGACGUUUCUACCUGGUGCAGCUUCUAUUUGGAGUCCCAAGACUGCGCGAUGGCGAAGCGUUUAUUUUGGAACCAUGUGCUGGCUUGGAAGCGCUGCGCUCUGGGGAAUCGUUUCCAGCAGUAAGCAUGUAUGGUUUUUACUUUGGGCUUUCGUUGGAGGAGUGAGUAUAGGCGGUUGUUCUGUUGCGGAGGAAAGUGCACUCCGUGAUCUACUCGGAGCAAAAGGUGCCAAUAGAGCACUCAGAGGACUCAGUAUGAUUGUGGGACUGGCUUUGCUGUUUCUAAUAUUUAUCGAGGAUUUCUCAACCUGCCUACGAAUUGUGUCGAUAGCUGAACUCGUGGGAGGUGGGUACUGGAUUCUUACGCCAUGCUUUGGUGCGUUGCGGGCACGAUGGUCAAAGCGGUGAUAUCGAUUUAAAAAUAAGCUAAUUGUAUGUAUGGACAUAAAUUUGUAUAUCCAUUAUUUUUUAAGAAUCAGUCUAAUUGUAAGUCGAACUAUAUGUAAUUUUUAAUUUGAAUAGUUUAUAUUUUUCAAUACAAGACAUUUAUUUUUCUAUAUACAUUUAGAUUAUUGAUAAUUCUCACUGAUAAAAUGGGAUGCUUUCAGACUGAUGAUUAUCAGUUGCGUGACUCUGACUGACAUAAGUAAUUGAAAGUAUAGUUACGUUGUCGAAAAAUAAUUAAAUAUGACCGUAUUCGGAUGGAUCAGAGGUUGAAGGACCACCUACAAUUUAUAUUCGGUAAGAGUGGAUGAUUAUAAUAAGAAUGAUGGAUCCAGAAAAAAAUCGAAUUCUAUUCUUUAUUGAAUCUGGUUAUAUAGUUAGAUUGGAUAUCCUUUAUGUUAUCUCAGUUAUGUAAUUGUGUAGGGAUAGUUAAUUGAAAAAUAAUUUACUUCACUAUACAUAUUACAUAAGUACUCAUUUGAGCUAGAUUUAUGUUAGAAAAGAAUAACACUCUGUUAGUUUACUGAUAUGAACAUACUUUGUGUAUUUAGAAAAACUCAAUCUAUAUUCUAUAUGAAAUGCACCAAUGCAUAUAGAUAUUUUAGGGUAUAAAGUAUGAGUUACUGUGAACGUGAGUGAAAUUCUUGGACAAAUUCCAAUUAAAUAAGUGAUUUUUGAUUAAACUAAAUUUAUAAAUACACUGUAAACAGUACUUUAUAGAUUAUGUUCGUAAAUUUUAACGUAGGUGUAUUUAUAACGUAAUUUUCUACAAAACGGGUAAAAUUCGUGA